AUGACAUUGGCUGACUCUAGUGGCUCACUGCUCCUUUCCCUCCGUGCACAGUUGAAGGAAUGGGAGAAAUCGUUCUCGGAUGCUCAUGGCGGUCGCAAAGCUACUCGUGACGAUAUCAAGCAAGACUUGUCUAUAGCUGCGAAAUACAAAGAAUAUUCACGGUUACGAUGUUCUGCCAACAGGGCAUCUCAUGUGGCGGUUCUCUUUGGUGAUCCAAUCCAGGGCCAUGUCCAGAGGAAACGCCCCUAUCCAUUUGCGACCACUACAGACUUGGCUGGAGGCGAUAUUGCUACUCCCCAAAAGGUUACAAAAUUUACAAAUUCUUUUCAAAGCACCGAAAUCCAUAAACACCACCCGUGCCAACUUGACCCAUACGAAUCACCUUCGAAUGCAAGAAACUUGUCCGGUCGAACCCACCCGAACGUAGCUCCUGUAUUGUUUCGAAGUGCAAUAGCGCCUACCCCUCAACGUGAUGGCAAAGUGCUAGGUCUUUUUGAUCUACUUUCACCAUUGGGAGGUGGCAUCACUACUCCGUCUUCCCAACGAAAAACUCACGCGAGUGUCUAUGAAGCACGCACACCUUCUUCAUAUGUCAACGGGUUUAUGACUCCUAGGCGAUCCGAUGUUCGCGCACGAAGGCAUUCCUUAACCCCGGCUUCCUCUGCAAAGAAAUUUUACUUUUCCAAGUUCUUUGCGACGCCGAGGAUGGAAUCGUGUUGCGAGGCCCAAGAAGCCAACGAGGAUCAGGACGCUGAAAAUAACCUCAAUCCAUCGUGUUCAUUGCGGAAGACAGAGGGGUCAGAAUUCGAAACUCCCUCGUUUCUCCGUAGAAGGAAUGUACUUUUCCCCAAGCGAAUAGACCAAGAUAACAAGAACGCAAGAGACAUGAGCCCUACCUCAGUGCGAAUGCCUCAGCGAUUGGUUGGCAAGGGGUUGAGCCAACUGGUUCAGAGUCUACGGGAAUUAGAAGAAGAGUCAAUGAAAGAUGACAUGGAGGCUUUGCGUGCAGUCGAAGCUCUCGAGGGUGGAACAGAAUUGGCCCAUGUUGAAGACGGGCAUCCUAUUGAUACAUAUACAAAUGAUGUUGACAUGAGUUCUUCGCCGUCCAAAACUCGAACACCAUGGAAAAGAAGAGGUCAAAAGAGAGCAACAAAAUUGGUAUAUCUGCGCCCUGUGCGCGGCAAGUCACCCAGCGCUUCACUACCUGUGAAGGAUAGCGAAGAUGAACCUGCCCCUAACGUGGGAUCGCAAGUUCCCAAUCUUACCAGAGCGAAAAGCAAAGAUACUAAGUGCAAGCAUGAAGCCCCCGGAGAAAAUAAGUUAGUGCAAAGGGUACAAAAAAUAAAGGAGGUGGCACAUGCUAACUAUCGCGCAUUAAAAAUCCGGAGUAAGAGCAGGAAAGACCAGGGCCGGUUUAAACGAAGAAGGUAA